AAUAUAUUUAUAAAACUCAUCACAGUUGAACCGUAAACAGAACAAAGUCAUUAAACUCCAUGACAACCAUACUGUAGAACACAUCGUUGUCAUGGAGACAUUAUGACAUCACAAUCGGUGCCUAUAAAACGCUCAGCCAGAUGAAACUGGUAUCAUUUGACUGAUCUGAACGCUUGCCUUUGGUUGACUCCGAACGCUACUGUACAGAUUUUCAAGUGAAUUUGCAGACUUUCAAAUAGUUCGCAACUUUAAACUGCUUGACGCACUGUGUACGGACAGACAGUUUACUUAGAUUUCAACCCUCUGUGAACCGAGUCUAAGCACAGUUAAGUCUGCAGUUAUCUUUUCACAUCAUGUUUCGUCCUGUAACACCAUUGUCCGACAAGGACAUGGAAGGAGCUGAUGUUGAAAAUAUGGAUUUUAAUCUGCCGAAUGCUGUGCCGAACUUUGACUAUGUCCCUGAUUUCGGACUUUCGUCACAAGUCGGGCGCGCUGCCGGUUCUUUAAAUCCAUUUGAAGGAGAAGAGGAGGAGGAGGAGAUGGUGGAUGUUUAUCCAACACAUGAGGCGAAACGCCAAAAAGUGUUGGGAUGGAGAUGUGAUGAUGGUGGAAUGGAUUUUGUCCUACCAAGUGCGGUCCCUGACAUUGUCCCGAACAACGGACAUUUGUUAGACAGACGCGCCGGGAGUUCACAUCCACGAGGAGGAGUAAAGGAGUUUACUCCUGCAUUUGAGGAGGCGAACAGCCCCACAGAAAAAUGCGAGAAUAAAGUCUUGAAAUCAUUAAAGAAGGCAUGGAAGACUGUAAGGCGCCCAUUCCUUCAUAAUGAUAAAGUGGAAACACUGAUUCCUUCAGAGCUUAAUGCAGAUUCAGAUAAUCCUAAUGUAAAGGAUGGUGCUGGUCUGGCCAGCUCUGAAUUAAACAAUAAGAUCAAACCGGAAAAACAACGAAUGGCAUUCUUUGACUGUCUCCGGAGGGGCAAGGUGGAGUCAGUGCCGACUCCCCUGCUUAAAGCGGAUCCAGCUAUUCCUGAUGUUAGGGCAGUUGUUGAUCCUGCAUCACAGUCAAAGACCUACGUUGGUCCGAAGAAACAGAAACAAAAGGCUUCAAAGAGCCGCAAAUCUAACCUCCAGGGAGAAAAAGUGACUGUUGUGCCAACUCAACAGCCCAAGGCUAUUUCAGAUAUUCCUGUUGGCAUGGAUGUUCCUGCUCUGGCCGGCCCCCAAUCAAAACCAAAGAUUCGUCCGGAUAAACGCAUGACAUUGACGCAACGCUUCUUUGGAUGCUUCCGGAGGGGCAAAGUGGAGUCGAUGCCGACUUCACAGAUUGAGGCCGAUCCAGCUAUCCCUGAUGCCAGGGAAGUUGUUGAUCUGGCAAAUUCUCAAUCGAAGAGUGUUGGCUUAAAGAAACAAAAACAAAAGGCUUCAAAGAGCCGCUCAUUUCACAACCCUUUUAGAAAAAAAGGGAAGAGUAAAGUGAAAAAAGAUGCCGAUCCAGCUAUUCCUGAUGCCAUGGAUGGUGCGGAUCUGGCCAGUUUUGGUGGCAUCGCUGCAGCCAAUGCCAGGCUACAGACGUUAGGUGCCAUCCCAGAGAAUAUUGGGUCAAAAGAUGUUGGAAAUCUUGAGGCAAAAGGUGGUAAAAAUCCCAGGCCAAAAGCUUUUGGAAAUCUCAGACUUCCUUGGUUUUUUAAUGCAAAAAUAACUAAAAAUCCUGGACCAAAAGAAGAAGGAAAUCCUGGGGCAAAAGAAGAAGGAAAUCCUGGACCAAAAGAAGAAGGAAAUCCUGGACCAAAAGAAGAAGGAAAUCCUGAAGCAAAAGCCCUUGAAAAUCCCAGAAAUCCCUUGUCAGAAGAUGAUAAAGUUGUCAGGCCAAAAGUUAUAGAUGUUGUUCAACAAGCUUCUGAACCGCCAAGCGAGAAGAAACCAGCUGAUCCCUCAGUGCCUAAAGACACUUUAUAUUGUAAAUAUCAAUUCUUGGGGGAUGAAGUGCUUGGGAAAGGUUGCUUUGGCAAAGUGUGCAAAGGGAUCCGUAUAUCGGAUGACACUCCGGUUGCCAUCAAGCAAAUAAGCAAACGAAAGAAUGAAAGGACUCUUCAGAUUCCUGGAUACCCCAAACCACUUAUUACAGAAGUGGCGCUGCUGCUUAAGUUAGGAGAAGCGCCCUCAUGCCCCAAUGUCAUACAGAUGUAUGACUGGUACGAGACUAAACACUUUUACACGCUCGUGUUGGAGUACCCACUGCACAGCCAAUCCUUGUUGCAUUUUGUUACAAAUCAUGGAAGACUAAGUGAAAAUACAGCAAGACAUCUCAUGCGUCAGGCGGUACUGGCAGUGCAACACUGUCUGGAUAAUGAAGUUUUUCACACCGACAUCCAUCCCGGAAACUUCUUAGUGCAGCAAUCUACAAUGAGCCUGAAGUUAAUUGACUUUGGGGCUGGACAUUAUCUGACGCAUGAUGAUGUCUGUGAUUCCUGUGACUUUAGGGGAGCUCUAUGUUGCACCCCGCCUGAGAUCUACACGGUUCAGAAAUUCCACGCCGUGCCAGCAAACGUCUGGGCCUUAGGUUCUGUGCUGUACUUCAUGGUGCUUGCAUCUUUCCCAAGUGCUUUAUACGAAUUUAAUUCCAGGAAUCUGAAGACAAUUGAGAAGGAUUUAUCAAAGGAAAUCUGUGAUCUGUUAAGUGGUUGCCUGGCCCUGAAUCCAAGUGAUCGUCCGACGCUCAAGCAGAUCUUAGAUCAUGACUGGUUUAAAACUGAGUCUGAUGAAGAAGAGCUACUCGUAUACAAAAUGAGGGCACUAUCCACAGAAAAUAAAAAGGAUGAAGCUGAAUGACUGAAGAAGAGGGGAAUGAUUGGAGAUGCUGUUUUCAUCAUCCUGAGACAUAUGGAGUUUGCUAAUCAUGUUUACGGAUAAAUAAGUUUCUAUAACCAUAAAGCGAGAAUAGCACAGACAUUUAUAGGGCCACAAUUUCUCAGGAGGAACACAUUUUUGCACACUUUCUGCAUAAUGUUUUAUUUCAGCCUCAGUCGUCAUGACCACAGACCGCUGGCUGAAUGUCUGAUGCAGAUCCUGUCUCAUCCUUGAACACAUUAAAAAAAAAAUUUUAAUUCUUAAAGUGA